AUGGAUGAUUCAGAUGUCCAAAAGAAAAGGUUACAGUGGAUGAAAUUUGAAAAUAGAUUUGAUGAUUUAUAUGUAAAUGGAGUUAAUGAGUUUCUUGACUAUGCUUUCAAUAAUUUGGCCUUAAGUAGUGACAUAGGAGAAGAGGAUAAAAAGGUACCUUGCCCUUGUAAUCGGUGCAACAAUAGUCGACAUAAAACAAGGGAAGAAAUCUAUAAUGAUUUGCUACUUAAUGGCAUUGUGCGAAGUUAUGUUCGUUGGAUUUAUCAUGGAGAAUAUAAACCCCCACUUAAAAGAAGUAGAAAUGAUUUAGGUGAAGGUAGUAGUGAUGAUAUAUUUAGGAUGAUCCAUGAAAGAUUUAGUCCUGGAGUCUCGAAUAAUGAUGUAGAUGAUGAUCUUGAUGAAGAGCAACAAUCAACCGAGGCCAGCCUUCCUAGGUACACUAAGGGUACGAAAGAGGCAAGGAUCUUUGAAAAUUUGAUGAGAGAUGCUCACAAAACCUUAUACCCUGGUUGUGACGAGUUCUCCAAAUUGUCAUUCAUCUUGAAAUUAUUUCAAAUCAAAUGCAUGGACGGCAUGACUAAUAAAGCUUUUACUAGUAUGCUUCAAAUGUUCAAGAGUGCUUUACCCAAAGGUGCUGAUGUGCCAUCGAAUUAUUAUGAAGCACGAAAGAUGAUAACUGAUCUCGGCUUCAACUAUGAGAAAAUAGAAGCAUGUGAACAUGACUGCAUGCUAUUUUGGAAGGAGAACGCUGAUUUAGAAAAAUGUUCCAUUUGUGGUACAAAUCGCAAUAGAUCUUGUCCGAAAGUCUUACGUUAUUUCCCACUAAAACCAAGGUUGCAAAGGUUGUUCAUGUCAUCCAAAACAUCGAAUGACAUGAGAUGGCAUUUUGAUAAACGUGAAGAUGAUGGAGUCCUGAAGCACCCCGCCGACAGUGAGGCAUGGAAGCAUUUUGAUAAAGAACAUACUAUGUUUGCUUCGGACUCUCGUAAUGUAAGGUUGGGUUUAGCUAGUGAUGGGUUCAAUCCAUUUGGUGGGCUUAGAAGUGACUAUAGUAUAUGGCCUGUAGUUCUUGUUAUGUGUAACUUGCCUCCAUGGAUGUGUAUGAAACAGCCGUACAGUAUACUAUCUUUGUUGAUUCCCGGAAAAAGUGGGCCAGGCAAUAACAUUGAUGUGUACUUGCAACCAUUAAUUGAGGAGCUAAAGGAGUUGUGGGAAACGGGCGCUAUGACUUAUGAUGCUUCUCAGAAUUCAUAUUUUCAUAUGCAUGCUGCAUUAUUGUGGACUAUCAACGAUUUUCCAGCAUAUGCUAACUUGUCAGGAUGGUCUACCAAGGGUUAUAAGGCAUGUCCUCGUUGUAUGAAUGAAACUAGCUCCAUUAGAUUACCAAAUCAAGGAUCAUGUUGUUAUAUGGAUACUCGUCGCUUUCUUCCAACAGACCAUAAAUGGAGAUUUAGUAAAUCUUUUAAUGGGAAAAUAGAAACAAGGGGUCCUCCUAAAAAGACAUCUGGAACUGAUAUUUUAACUCAAGUUAGGGAUCUCGAAGACAUGAAAUUUGGAAAAAAUGAAAUUUCUCUAAAAAGAGAUGAUAACUGGAAGAAGAAAAGUAUAUUUUUUCAAUUGCCUUAUUGGAGUACCCUUUUGAUUCGUCACAAUCUUGAUGUCAUGCAUAUUGAAAAGAAUGUCCUAGACAACAUUCUUGGCACGUUGCUAGAUAUUGAAGGGAAAUCAAAAGAUACUUUAAAGGCUAGACACGAUCUGAAGCGUGUGAAAAUUAUGAAGCAUUUAUCUCCGAAAUUGAAAGAUGGAAAAUGGCAUAUUCCUCCUGCAUCUUACACUUUGUCUAAGGCUGAAAAGGAAAAGGUUUGUAAGGUCUUAGAGACUAUGAAGGUUCCAGAUGGGACACUAAAUUCAAAAGACUUGGAUGAUCUUGAAAGUGAAAUUGUUAUCACUCUAUGUGAGAUGGAAAGGAUUUUCCUUCCCUCUUUUUUUACUGUCAUGGUCCACUUGUGUGUUCACUUGGUUGAGGAAACAAAAAUUGGUGGACCCGUUCAAUAUCGUUGGAUGUAUCCAAUUGAAAGGCUUAUGCGCAAAUUUAAGUGCUAUGUUCGAAACAAAAGUAGGCCAGAAGGUUCUAUUGCUGAAGGCUACAUCAUUGAGGAAUGUAUGCUUUUUUGUUCAAAGUAUCUACAUGACAUAGAAACAAGAUUUACUCAACUUGAAAGGAACGCUGACGAAGAUAGUGACGAUUAUCAAGGUUUAUCAAUAUUUGCACCAUGUGGUACUCCUUUGGGGAAGGCCAAAUGUAGAUCUCUUUCAGAAGAAGAGUUGACUCAAGUCCAAGAAUAUGUAAUCAAAAACUGUGAAAAAGCUCAGGGAUACUUAAUGGAAUAUGAACAAGGGUCGUUUGACAAAAAUUUGAUAGAAUGGUUCCGUGAACGGGUCAUGGAUUUACCUCAGGAAGGUGAUGAUCAAGUGGUAAAAGAUUUACGAACAUUGGCUUUAGGUCCUUUGAAAGGUGUUCAAUGUUUCAAUGGAUGCCUUGGAAAUGGUUUUAGAUUUCAUACAAAGGAUACUGAAAGAAAGAGGGUUAACCAAAAUAGUGGUGUUAUGGUGAAAAGUAUUUUUGGGGCUAGGGAAGAUGACUAUUUUGGAAUCCUUACUGAAAUACUUGAGGUACAAUAUUUGGAUGGAAAACGUGUGAUUUUGUUUCGUUGCGAUUGGUGGGAUGUUCACAAGGUUGGUAGAGGAAUCAAGGUUGACAAACAUGGCUAUGUUAGUGUCAAUAGUCAACGUUUGUUACCUACUAAAGAACCUUUUGUGCUUAUGUCCCAAGCACAACAAGUUUUCUAUGUCAAUGAUGAACUUGAUCCCAAUUGGUUUAUUGUCGUGAAGACCCAACCAAGGCAUCACUACAAUGUUUCAGAAAAGGAAUUAAUUGAACCAGAUGAGGAUGCAGUACAACAAAAUCAAGCGGGGACCUCUCAUGUUACAUUUGUGUCACCAACAGAUGUGGAGGACAUUGAUGAUCACAUUGUUGGAAUAAGAAAUGAUAUUGGUGAUAUGAUGGUAGAUGCUACCGAGGAAAAUCACCCUAAAGAAUAUGAUGAGAAUGAAGGUGUUAUUUUUUAUGAUGACGAUGAUGAUCUCGAGGAUGAUAGUGAGAAUGACACUGAAAGUGAUGAGGAUAGUGAUGAUGAUAUUGAUUUAUCAUGA